ACUACACGCUUUGUAGAGGUUCAGGCUCUCGGCUGUUGAGAAACUCUUGCUUCCUGGAGGCUUAGACAGUGUUGAGUCUUUAAAUCUUACCCUUAGUCCUUGUCGUGGGGAGAGAGAAAGAGAGAGACUGUGCUGGAAACGAAAAAAAUGUUCCACUCGAAACAUUCCACUCUAUUAUGGAAAUGGCCAUAAUAGAAAAUUAUCAGAAAAUUUGGAUUGCUGUGAUGAAAAAGCUGACGGUUAAAGGACAGCUUAGAUGAAAUUCUCCGUUGAAUGACAAUGCAGAGGAUUUUACAAGUUAGCCGACUGAUGACGGCGUUGCCUUUGAGGUUUUCUGCAGGGGAACUUUUUUCGUGUGUGAAAAGAGAAACGCAUGGAUGUGGACCAAAAGAAACAAAAAAACACAUGUGAACGAAAAGAAACAAACAAGGAGAAUAACAAAGAAAAAGUUGAUCCUCUUCAAAACUCUGUUAAGGCAUGGCGGAAAUGCGCCUCGCCGCACAAGUUGGCAGUCCACACCCCAACACCGCCUGCCUGCAUAAAAACACUGGCUGAGAUCAAACACAAGACAGCACAGGAGCGUCGCAGUCGAAGCUGAAACGUUUGAGAGGACUCAGUCAUAAUGCUGCUGACGAGAGUUUUUCUGCUGCUGGGUUUUGUCUCGGUGAUUCCCGUUGCCAGCAAAAAACGGAUCAUCAGACCGAGGAGCAAAACGCUGCAACUGGCCCUGGAUUCCUCUGUGAACUCUAACCUCUCCCGCAGCUCUGCAUCAAACAUCGCCAACUUGUCUUUGUCGCCGUGGACGUACAUAUAUUCUUUCAACUCCUCCCGUUUACCCCAGAAGAUCUUGCAGGCCAACUGCAGCACAUCUGGCUGUCUGAACCUCCAGGGUAGAGGAGAGGAUGCAACUCUGCAGGUCAAACCCAUCAAAUAUCAAGUCCUGGUUCUGUACAGGACCCUAAAGAAAAGAAAGAACAGCAAAAAAGGGAAGAAGCAGAAUGAGUACAUCUUCACGUUGGGGACUGAGGAGAUCACAGUUGGCUGUACCUGUGUGAGACCCACUGUGAUCCCACAAGAGUAACAACAAGACAUCCAACAAAAGCUCUGGUUACACAUAUCAUUCGUGUUAAUGUCUAUGCAUUUUAAAAGUUGUGCCGUUGACAAUAGAUAUUUUCAUAUGCUGCAUGAAAAAAGACUAUUUAGUCAAUUAGAGUGAACUCUUCUAUUUUAUAGUCAGUUUGAACUACAUAGAUUUUUUUCUAUUCGCUAAAUGCCACUAGAACAUGAUUUUAUUUUUGGAUUCACACUUUAUUUGCAAGUAUAAUUAUUUGAAAAGAAAUUGUACUGAAGGAUGAACCGGACUGAUGGAUUUUCACAGCCGUUUUUUGGAGAUGUAUUGGUCAACCUCUUUAAACAUGUCCAUGAUGUCACACAGGGAAGCAGUGUGUUGAACAUGUUGCCCUAAAAUACAUAAGUUUUAAGUGAACCUUUUGGAGGCUUUGUAAAAAUCAUUUAAAGACAUUGCAGUCUUAAUGACUGUAAAUCAAAGGCUUCAAAGAUUGUAAAACAAAAAAUCUCCAAAAAAACGAAAUUUUCAUUCUUCUGGCAUGAUCCUAGUAACCCUAAAACACGAACUUCUUUCAUUUUUAACAUUUCCAAUUACAAGUCAGUUUAUAUAAGAUUUAAUAUUAGACAGUAAGGAAAAAAUGCAUGUAAAUAUCUGGUUUCAACUGCAUAGUUGACUGUAGAUGUAAAAAGUAUUUUUAAUAACUGUGACUUGUUACUUGUCUGCAUAACUGGUGUGCUUAAUAUCUUGUCAGGUAGUCCUUACUACAUAACACUUUAGGCUGAGAGAACUGAUUCAUUUAUUUAUUGUAUUGUAAGCAAAUCACCUUUAUUCAAUAAAUUUGACAGUGUAUUUUUGGUGCCUAAAAGCAGCCAAAAAUACUUUUUAAAACCUAACUGCUAGCUGCUGUCACUUUGUUGCUUAUCCUGCCAUGUACGUCAAUUAAUCUAUAAUUUCGUCAACGUUAUGAAAUGAAGCAAAAAAUGCAGAAGUUCUUUCUCGUCUGUGCCACUUAUGAUGCUCUCCUGUUUUCAUUAGAACAAAGGGUUUAAAAUUUACAGGGUACUACUCUGUCAGGGGAGAUACACUGUUUCUUUUGUUGUCAAAUUUUUUUUGUCUUUUUCAAUUUUUAACAAAUGCCCAAUCAGAAUUUAACAUCUCUAUGCACAGUCUGAGUGCCCCCACAUGGUCAAAACUAUUAUUAGCUGAAUUAUUUUAGCUAAUAACCUAAUAACAGCUCCCUGCUGUUGGAGCCUGUUAAAACAAUUGGCAUGCUGACGUGAGGGAAUCCUCUUUAGUGCAGACAAAGCCUCUGCACAGUGUUGCAAGAGAUUAGGUAAAUUUUUAAUGACUUGAAAAUAACAUAAAUAAAAUGUGUAAACUCCUUUGUACUCACAAAUAUCUGCACAAUACGGUGUCUGAAGUAUGUGAUGCUCGUUCCGCAAUUUUCUAAUGUGUCAAAAAAAUCUUUACCAGCUUUGCUUUGCAGGAGAUGAAUCAUGUGUUCCACAGUAUUAG